UGUGUUACCCUGGCUGUGUGUGUUGUGUGGGUGGAUAGAUGUGGUGUGUAUGGGGGGGGUUGUGUUACCCUGGCUGUGUGUGUUGCGUGGGUGGAGAGAUGUGGUGUGUAUGGGGGGGGUUGUGUUACCCUGGCUGUGUGUGUUGUGUGGGUGGAGAGAUGUGGUGUGUAUGGGGGGUUGUGUUACCCUGGCUGUGUGUGUUGCGUGGGUGGAGAGAUGUGGUGUGUAUGGGGGGGUUGUGUUACCCUGGCUGUGUGUGUUGUGUGGGUGGAGAGAUGUGGUGUGUAUGGGGGGGUUGUGUUACCCUGGCUGUGUGUGUUGCGUGGGUGGAUACAUGUGGUGUGUAUGGGGGGGUUGUGUUACCCUGGCUGUGUGUGUGUGGGUGGAGAGAUGUGGUGUGUAUGGGGGGGUUGUGUUACCCUGGCUGUGUGUUGUGGGGGUGGAGAGAUGUGGUGUGUAUGGGGGGGUUGUGUUACCCUGGCUGUGUGUGUUGCGUGGGUGGAUAGAUGUGGUGUGUAUGGGGGGGUUGUGUUACCCUGGCUGUGUGUGUUGCGUGGGUGGAUACAUGUGGUGUGUAUGGGGGGGGUUGUGUUACCCUGGCUGUGUGUGUUGCGUGGGUGGAGAGAUGUGGUGUGUAAGGGAGGGUUUGUGUUAUCCUGGCUGUGUGUGUUGUGUGUGUGGAGAGAUGUGGUGUGUAUGGGGGGGUUGUGUUACCCUGUCUGUGUGUGUUGUGUUGGUGGAUAGCUGUGGGGUGUAUGGGGGGUUGUGUUACACUGGCUGUGUGUUGUGUGGGUGGAGAGAUGUGGUGUGUAAGGGAGGGGUUGUCUUACCCUGGCUCUGUCUGUUGCGUGGGUGGAGAGAUGUGGUGUGUAAGGGAGGGUUUGUGUUAUCCUGGCUGUGUGUGUUGUGUGGAUGGAUAGAUGUGGUGUGUAUGGGGUGGUUGUAUUACCCUGGCUGUGUGUAUUGCGUGGGUGGGUAG